AUGCCACCAAGGAGACCUGCAUCUUCCCAAAAUAGUCAGGCUAAUGAUGAUAUACCUCCUCCACUUGAGGCUUUGCCCCCUAUGAGUACUGAAGGGCUUUAUAGAUAUUUAGGGACUUUGGCUGGCUUGGUUGAGCGUCAGGCUAGAGCUACUGGAAGUAAUGGUCAAAGACAAUCCUCAUCUACUAGGAGUAGCUCCUUUGAUGACUUUAAGAAGUUGGGUCCCCCUUACUUUUCUGGUACUUCAGAUCCAACAGAGGCAGAGGCUUGGAUUAUGAAGAUAGAGAAAUUCUUUGAUGUCAUUGAUUGUUCUGAGGAGCAAAAAGCCUCAUAUGCAGCAUUUAUGCUAGAUAAAGAGGCAGACCAUUGGUGGCGCAUGAUUAAGAGGCUUUUGGAGGAUCAGGGGCCUAUUGUUUGGAGUCAGUUUAGGGAGGCUUUUUAUAAGAAGUACUUUCCUGACAGUGUUCGACGACAAAAGGUGGGAGAGUUUGUCCAUUUGAAACAGGGGGAUUUGACUGUGGCCCAAUAUGAGGCUAAGUUUACUGAACUAUCACAGGUGGUAGACAGAGCCCUUAUUGCAGAGAAGGAUAAUGAAGAGCUUCACCAGUAUAGGGAACAACAAAGGAAGAGGAAUAGAAAUGAUGGUGCUCAUGGUAACCAAGCACAGAAAAGGUCUACUCCAAGUAGAAAUCAGAAUAAAGGAAAAGCAGCACAAAAUUUAGAUGGGAUUUGUCCUACUUGUGGCAAGAAGCAUGGAGAGAGUAGGAAGUUUGUAUUUGGGAAACCUAAAGAGGAGAAUAAAGAUGAUAGACAGAAACCCAGGGCUCAAGGGCGGGUAUUUGCUAUGACUCAUAGAGAUGCUCAAGCUACGUCUGAUGUAGUGACAGCUUCUUAUCAUGCUUCUGUUGAUUGUUUUGGGAAAAAAGUGACUUUUAGCAUUCCUGGUCAACCUGAUUUUAGUUUUGAGGGGAAGCAUGUGGACAAACCACUGCGUGUGAUAUCAGCCUUACGAGCUAGUUAUUUGCUUAGGAAAGGUUGUCAAGACUUUUUAGCUUAUGUUGUGAAUGAGAAAAAUGAUUUAAAGUUGGAAGACAUACCCAUUGUAAGGGACUAUCCUGAUGUCUUUCCAGAUGAUCUACCUGGCUUGCCACUAGAGAGGGAGGUGGAGUUCACCAUUGAUUUGGCACCAAGGACAGCUCCUAUCUCUAAGGCCCCUUAUAGGAUGGCACCUAUGGAGCUUAAGGAGUUGAAGAUUCAACUCCAAGAGUUGUUAGAUAAGGGCUUCAUUAGGCCUAGUGUUUCACCCUGGGGAGCUCCUGUUUUAUUUGUAAAGAAAAAGUAUGGAUCUAUGAGACUCUGCAUUGAUUAUAGAGAGUUGAAUAAGGUGACGGUGAGAAACAGGGAGGAGCAUGAGCGUCAUUUGAGUAUCAUAUUACAGACUCUCAGAGAUAAGCGAUUGUAUGCUAAACUCAAGAAGUGUGAGUUCUGGUUAGACAGAGUUUCUUUCCUUAGGCAUGUGGUGACCAAGGAUGGCAUCUCAGUUGAUCUUGGAAAGGUAGAUGUUGUGUCAAAUUGGAGGAAACCUACUACUGUGACUGAGAUUCGAAGUUUCUUGGGACUGGCUGGUUAUUAUAGGCGGUUUAUUGAGGGGUUCUCUAAGAUUACCCUACCUCUAACCAGUUUGACUCAGAAAGGGGUUAAGUUUGAGUGGUUCAGGAAGGUUUAUGGUGUAUAG